AUGGAGCUUACAAUGGAGAACAUUGGCAACCUGCACGGCGUGGCUCACUCCCACCAAAGCGGGGACCUGAUGAACUCCCCCCACCACGCGCGGCAGCCGUCGGCGGCGGCGUCGCACCGGAACUUGGUGUCGUCCCACGGCCGCUCGGCCAUGGUGUCCAGCAUGGCCUCCAUCCUGGAGGGCGCGGGCGACUACCGCGCCGAUCACGCGCUCUCCGGGCCCUUGCACCCGGCCAUGAGCAUGUCGUGCGACUCGGGCGGAAUGAGCCUGAGCAGCACCUACACCACGCUGACGCCGCUGCAACACCUGCCGCCCAUCUCCACCGUGUCGGAGAAGUUCCACCACCCGCACCCCCACGCGCACCAUCACCAUGCAGCGCACCAGCGACUCGCGGCGGGCAACGUCAGUGGCAGCUUCACGUUAAUGCGGGACGACCGGAGCCUGGCCUCCAUGAGCAACCUCUACGGCCACUACCCCAAGGACAUGUCCGGCAUGGGCCAGUCGCUGUCCCCGCUUUCCAACGGCCUGGGUCCGCUGCACGGCUCCCAGCAGUCCCUGGGCGCUUACGGACCGGGAGCUCACCUCUCCAACGACAAAAUGCUCUCCGCGGGGGGCUUCGACUCGCACGCCGCUAUGCUGUCCAGGGGCGAGGAGCACCUGGCGCGGGGGCUCGGCGGCCACGGCGCCGGCCUCAUGACUUCCCUGAACGGCAUCCACCAUCACCACCACAGCCACCCGCACUCUCAGGCCAACGGCUCCAUGCUGUCAGAUCGGGACCGGCAGACGGUGGUGGGGGGCGCGCAGGGGGGCGGCUCCGGCCAGGUGGAGGAGAUCAACACCAAGGAGGUGGCGCAACGAAUCACGGCCGAGCUCAAGCGCUACAGCAUCCCGCAGGCCAUCUUCGCGCAGAGGAUCUUGUGCCGCUCGCAGGGCACCCUGUCCGACCUGCUGCGGAACCCUAAACCGUGGAGUAAACUCAAGUCGGGCCGAGAGACCUUCCGGAGGAUGUGGAAGUGGCUCCAGGAGCCCGAAUUCCAGCGGAUGUCGGCGCUGAGGCUUGCAGCCUGCAAGCGCAAAGAACAGGAGCAACACAAGGACCGCAACACGGCACCCAAAAAGCAACGCCUGGUCUUCACCGACCUGCAGAGGCGUACGCUCAUCGCCAUCUUCAAGGAGAAUAAGCGACCAUCCAAAGAAAUGCAGAUCACCAUCUCCCAGCAGCUCGGGCUGGAGCUCAGUACCGUCAGCAACUUCUUUAUGAACGCGCGACGCCGCUGCGUGGACCGCUGGCACGACGACCACGGUACCAGCCCCGGGCAGCCGGGAACCUCCGCCACUACCUUCUCAAAGGCUUGA